CCAAGACCCAUUGUGACCGAGCUGCAGGCAGGGCCACCUUGCGCAGGUCCACGAGGACGGGUUGAUAAGACCACGAUAUGGCACCAUUUCCGUCUCAAGGAGGGGCCUGGUUCCCAAUGGAGUUCCCAAGCCAGCGGGGAUCGACUCGUUAUACACGAGCCUGGGUCGCUUACGGGCACAGCUCCGAAAGCAGGGCAGGCCAGCGUGAUGCUGCACAAGCCGGGAUCGAAAGUGCAGAUAGUUGCCCGCAAUCAGAAGAAGGAGCAGGUUGACCUGAUUGCUGCAAGCACAGCCGUCAAUCACCACAUGUAUGUUCAUCACCAUGCUAAUGCGGGGUCCCAGCCCGACCGGCUGGUGGUUGAGCAAGGAGGUCCAGCUACUGACAAGCCGCGCAGUGGCAGAUACUGGGAUGUCUUCACGGAUCUUCGAAGCGGCGCGGAUGCUGACGACCUCGAG